UCACGAGACGGCUCGCGGCUCGCGGUCAGUUAGUCAGUCAGUCAGUCGUUUGCUAUCCGAUACGGUUAACGCGCGGCGCACUCGUCAACGGAAUCAGUGCCGCCGCAUCGAUGCGCACCGGCGUUACUUUGCGAAGGGGAGCAGGCGAGAGGUAAAGAGAAUAACAGAGAGUCGUAUCGACGCGCGAAUAACGCGAGGGAGAACGGAGAGCGAGAAACGCGGCAAAAGACAAGAGAAUAACAAGAGCGAAAAGAAGAGAGAGAGAGAGAGAGAGAGAGUGUGUGUGCGCGUGCGUGUGUGCGUGUGCAUGGGCGCGCGCGAGCGAGUAAACGCGGGACCAACAGAGCCGACGACGAUGAAACCUUUCCGCUCUCCCGUGUCUCUUCGUCUCGAGACAUUCUCGUAGCAUCGGCGCACGGUACGCGCUCUCGAGGGGCCGGUGGAGCGGUGAGGCGCGAGAGGAACGCGAAUCGAGAAAUCGCAGAGUAGUAGCGGAGUCGCGAGAGAGAGAGAGAGCGAGCGAGGCUUUCUCGCGGUUCGCUUCGCUUCGUUCCCUCGUCUCUCGUCCCUCCUCCGAGUACAAAUUUCGCGGCAAGAUCAACUUGAACUUUUUCUAUACGUGCAUUUUUCUCGAUACGUCCUGUUAGAAUAGAGGAGACUCGGAUUAUGUCGCGCUUUCGAAAUAUUCAAGUUUAAACGUCAGUUAUACGCGCCGUUUACGCGCCAUUACCCAAGCGGCGAGAAGAGAGGCUAAAUAAUUACGUAGUAAAUGAAGUUGCGCGAAAAGUUUUGUGCAGUGAACGUGCUUGUUGAUAGAUUAGUGCCGCGGCUUCGACGACGGCGAAGAAAGAGAGCGAGAGAGGAGGAGAAGGCGCGCUAUACCUAUGCGUAAAACAUCGGUGCGAGUGCCAGAACCGAAUACGAAAGAGUAACCAGCUGAUAAACGGCGAAGAAGAAGGAGGAAGCGGAGGAGGAGGAGGAGGAGGAGGAGAAGAAGAAGAAGAAGAAGAAGAAGAAAAGGAAAGAAAUACGCGUCGCGAGAGACCGAGAGUCGCCAAUAUGCAUUUUCACAACGGUCUGACAUUGCCGAUUCUAUUCAUCAUCGCUUCCUGCCCUCUAGUAUUGCGCGCGCGGAAGGUCGCACCCUUGAUAGAGGACGACUGGGCUAGAAGACCUCACCGAGCCGCCGAAUGCACUUUUGGCAAACAGAUCCGCGAACUAGGCUCGAUAUGGUUCGCGGAUUUAGGACCGCCUUUUGGAAUCAUGUAUUGUAUCAAAUGCGAGUGUAUACCGGUGCAAAAGAAACGACGGAUCAUCGCGAGAGUCCAAUGUCGCAAUAUAAAGAACGAAUGUCCGAAACUCACGUGCGACGAACCAGUUUUACUACCGGGUCGAUGCUGCAAAUCCUGUCCCGGUGACUUGAACACAGAUAUAGUGCAAGAUUUGCCGGCGCAAUUAACUUCGGAAGAAGAGGAGCGAAGCUUAAAACAUUUUGGCACCCUAUUAACGGGCAGGACGUCACAAUCUCUGCGUCGCGACAAUUUGAAUCCAACAUCAAUGUACAACAAUGCGUACAACUAUCUGGCAACAGGUCGUUUCAGCUUCCAACGCAAGAAUCUCUACUACUCGUUUUAUCUGUCCGCAUCGACGCCUCGACCGCGUAGUAUACAGUUCGUCGAUGGAUCCGGCAGCAUUCUCGAAGAACAGGUAAUGGAUCCAAUCGGUGGCACCUAUCAAAAUGCCACUGGCAAGCUUUGCGGCGUAUGGAGGCGUGUGCCGCGCGACUAUCGUAAAUUAUUGCGUGAAGAACGUCUGUAUGUUUCCUUCAUUUGGGAACCCUCGUCAAGUCUGACCGGUCAAGUAUCUCGAUAUCGCGCAUUAUCGAGCGAGCAGUUUUCCUCGCUAUUAGAACCAACGAUGGGCGUCGAUCGAUCAUUAAUGUCCGGUGCAGGCGCGACGGCGAUCGUAUCCGCUUCAUCCGCCUCGACACCAUCGAUCCAUGUAUCGCUUGUCUUCAACGGUCUCUUCCUACCAAACGACGUAACUGACGUUCCGCUGAUCGUUCAGUUGGAACAUCAGGAAAAGGAUUACGUGGUCCUUACUGAGGAGAUAGUGGUGAAAAAGCCAUCCAAUGAAUUAAAUUUCGGUGAGAUUCGUAGCGCGCUCUCCGGAACUGAUCUCCGUUUGUUAACCCGUGGCAAAUUGUCGAUUAGUAUAAUGUCUCGCAAGGAUCCGCAGGCUCUUCGACUGGCUGGUACGGUUGGUCCGCGCGCAACUUGCGAUAUAUAUCAAACAUUACUAUUGUCGGAGACACCGUCCGCGGCAUCUGGAUUGGCUUGGGCUUUUCUCGAUCGUAUCGGAGCGCUACGUUAUGGGGUUCAAUUGAUAGGACUCGAGGAGGAGAGUCCCCUGGUGACAUUAGUGGAUGAGGGUGGAAAACGGAGAACAGAACUCGAGGACUUGACGCCCUCAUUGAUCAACGGUCUCGCAAACGGUUCCUUGGAUCGGCCCGGGCCGAGACUCUUACAGCCGCUCUUCAACGAGGAACUCUCUGUAGUUGCUGCGAGUCACCUCGGCUCCAUGUUACGUGGCAGACUCUUGGAAAGACCUGUGGCGGAUGCUAGAGACACCGCCGCGCCCGUAUUACUACGGAGAUCGACUAAAGAACCGACGUAUCCUGGACCAGUCGGUCUGAUAUGGACCGCAGUAGACCUGGACUGUUCUCUACAUUAUGAGCUAGAGCUCGCUGGUUUUCCUUCCUCUUCUCAGGAGCCACGGACGUUCCGUUUGUAUUUGGAGACAAUGCCUCUACUGGCGCAAGGUGCUCCCGUUGCCAGGAGGCUCCUCGAAGAAUUUACGGGAUACUCUUUAGAAGGUUCAGUCACCGGAUUGUCACCGAUGGAGCUCUAUAGGAUCGAAUCGGGCAUCGGUUUUCUCGAAGUAACAGAUAAACAGGUUACUCACAUCUUGAAGGCUCCCUUCAAGGCUAGGGCGCCGUUUAGCUGUUUGCCGCAUUACGCCGACAAUGACAUUGCGUCCGUGGUGGCGUACAAUCUGCAGCCACCCAGGUCAGAUAUCGAGACUGGUGCGUGUUUUCACGAGACUAGAUUCUAUGAGGAGGGCACACAAUGGACAUCGAGCACGGAUCCUUGUUCGAUGUGUCAUUGCUAUCGCGGCUUGGCACGAUGUGAUGCAAUGCCUUGUCCGACAGUCUCUUGCCCGCUGGGAAAGCAGCUUAAGCAACCAUUGUCUGGUCAUUGCUGUCCGAUAUGCGUUGCACCGCUGAUUGUCGAAACUAACACAACGAUCAAAAUCAAUAUCACGAGAGGUUGUACGUUGGCUGGACAAUAUCAUCUUGCAGGAUCAUCUUGGCAUCCGUAUUUACCACCAGUAGGAUUCGAUAUUUGUGCGAUUUGUGUUUGUGACGCUGUCACGCUGGAGGUGAAAUGCCCGCGGGUGCAGUGCCCGCCGCUCGAGUGCGACGAGAAGAUCGCCUUCAGGCCGGACAAGAAGGCUUGUUGCAGGCAGUGCCCAGUAACAACGCCUCGUAGCAACAUAACUACCACCGCUUUAAGCGACAUCGCGCAUCUACCGAGAGAUCAGGCUUUACCUUCGACGCGGCGUACCACGGAAGAGAUACUUUCUUCUGGUGGCUGCAAAUAUCCUCUCGGUGGACCCUAUGAGAAUGGCAUGGAAUGGCAUCCUCGAGUGCAUUCCCACGGUGAGAUGAAGUGCGUCAAGUGUCGUUGCAAAAACGGCGAGGUCAGGUGCGACAGGAAACGCUGUCCACGAUCACUUUGUAAUUCGAUCGCACAUCAAAUGAAACGUGGCGAAUAUGUGACGGACGUCGAUGACUGUUGCACAGCUCAAUGUCGCCGCGCGAGGCGUCAUCACCGCAAUAAUCCGGCAUCACGACAUUCUGUGACGCCUCGUGAACUGAGCUGAGUCUGAUCGUCUUGCGAAAAAUCUUCUCCGGUCUAUGAAGAACCUUGCCAUGUGCCAUGCCAUCAUCGUCGGGUGAUGAUAAAAUCAAGUCGUCGAUCGUUCGUGCCGCUAUUUGUCUUGCGCGUGUCACGAACGAUUGAGGAGAACCUUCGAAGCGAAAGGAAAUCAAACAUACUUUUAUACAUGCGUAUAUAUAUCAAGAUUGUGAGAACUGGAUUAGAAAUAUAUCCGAGAUAAGCUGACUUUUACGAAUGGUAAUGCGAAAAAGAUCGACGAAUGAAUUUAUUCCGUCGGAAAUACAUAUGUAACUCGCAUUCGACUGGGCGGAAAACGGUGCGCGAAUCUUGUCGCAGAAUUUCGUAAGGUUCGAUGAGAAGAGAGAAUAAGUAAUCAACAAUGUUGUAUUGAUUGCUCAAAAUUUAUUGUCGAUGUUAAAGUCAGCGAACGCGUGUAGAAAUAACAUUCGUACGUUUACAGAAGGUUAAGAAAAUGCUAGUGUAAUAAAAGGAAGAACGUGGUUAUGUGGUGGAUGACAUGAUAUCGGAUGCUAUUCUUAUCCGCGACGCCCGUCCGCUCGCUCGUUUGCUCUAGAGCCUCCAACGCCCGCAGCUAAACGCUUAUUAAUCAAUUGAUCCUCAUCAACGGGUAAAAUGCAACGAGAGCGCCCUUCUCUUCGUAAGGAAGGACAUUACGAAAAACGUUAAGAAAUAUGCGAAAAUGAAGGAUGAAAAUUCGGAUAGGAACGAGUUUUUCAUCAUGUCAUUGUUACAGUGCCUACUGUACCUAUUAAUCUCUUCGAGUUACCCAGCAACCAAAGAAGACUGAAAAACCUCCGAUGGCGGCAUCAGUUAUUACGCGAUUUCUAAUGUUUUCUAAUAACUAAAACUCAUUAUUAUUAUUAUUAUUAUUAUUAUUAUUAUUAUUAUUAUUAUCAUCAUCAUUAUUUCUAUUAUUAAUAUUAAGUAUUAUUACUGCUAUUGCUUAUACUAUAAUUUUAAUACCAUUACAUAAUUGGCAUAAUUAUAAUCACUAUAUAUCUGCUGCUAUUUCAUUUUUCUUAUUGAUUUGAUCUUUGCCGAUAGUUACGAUCAAAUCUAAAUUAUCGCUGAUAAGAACGUAUUAUUUAUAGAGUGCAUUGCAUAUUCAUAUAAUAUGAAACAUUUGACUGGGAAAAACAUGGUAACAUUGUUAUUCUAUGAUGCAGUAAAAUGUUUGUCAAUGAUAGCAGUCAUUGCUAUAAGUAUAUUUAUAAUAUUUAAGUUGUAUUUAUUAUUAGAAAUAUAUAUACCUUUCUUCAAUCGGCUCACAUAUCAGAUCCUAGAAUAAAUGAAUUAAUUUUGACACAUCUUUAACAAUUAAUUAACGCGCGUUGUCUGUGAGACGCAAAAAUAAAUAUAAUGUAUAUAAUACAUGUUAAUCAAUGCCAGAACUUUUUUUCUUCAUAGGUUUUUGGUCACAAUUUAAAAAUAAUAUCUCAUUAGUCAUAAUUGAAUCGGGAGCCAUUCUCUUUAAUAAUUUUUAAAAAAUUUUUAAGCAGCAAUUUUUUUAACCAUGUGUCGAUACAAACAGAUGAUUUGUCAUAUAUGUAUGUUUUAUGUAUUUUUGUAGGAUACAAAUGGUAUUUUAUAAUCUUUAUUCAAUUGGCCACAAAACUACUAAAUGAAAUACGGAUAUCGGAUAUUGUAAUAUAGAAACUAUUUAAGAGCUCUUAAGUCGAGCUUAAAAAUUCAAAUUAUAUCGAUUAAAAAUUUUUUAAAUAGCAUUUAAUGUUGUUACUAAGCCGAUCGGCAAAGAAACAUGUUUUAACUCAAUAAACAUGGCAAAUAUUGCAUUAUUAGAGUAACAAUCUGACAAUGAAUCUAGUAACCAACAAAACAAUUUGUAUAUGCAAGUGCCGAUACUGCAGCCGAAAACUUUAGAAGCGAAUUUUGCGUUUUCAGGUUGCAUUUAUCAAUGUUAAAAUCGUGACAGCUUACUGAUUCACUUGUUAUUUAACUUUACUAUUUAAUGUAGUGUGUAUCUCUGUGAAGACAUUGAUUCACAAUUUGUCAUACGUGCCUUAUUGUAUGAAUAUAGUCAUCACAGCUGACAUUAACGCUAUGUCGCAUGUGCGAAUAUUUUGUACAUAGUAUACAAUUUAAUGGCUAAUCUUAUUUUAAUGAUAAAUCAUCAUUAUACAUUUGAUAAUUAUUAUUAAUAUUAUUUAUAUAUUAUUAUAUAACUCUUUUAGCGCCAUCCAGAGUUUUCCCUAUAUAUAGUAUUUCUGUUUAUUAUCGAUUUAUUAUAUUAUCAUGAUUAUUUAAAGUCAUCCUCAUAUGCAAGUUAUUGAUUUUUUAACGAGUUGAUAUUAAUUUGAUAAACAGAUUGUUCUUAUUUUGACAAGCUUUAUGCGUACAUGAAGCUAUAUUGAAAACUGCUUUUUUAAUUUAAAUUUAGUCGUUAACAUAAUCUAUAAUGUUUGUUGAAAACAAAUUUCUCUCCUUUUAUUAUUUUAUUAUUUUAUUAUUUUUUUGCGUGCGCGCACAUCCACCCACACACACACACACAAUAUAAGUGUUAUAUAGAAGUGUGUUGUUGUUUAUUGUUAGCAUAAAGUUUGCAAAAAAAAAAAAUAUGGGUGAGAAGCUGACAUUAUUAAAAGUGAUUAUUGCGGUCUAGCAUCGUACAUGUAUACAAAAAUUUGUUAUGCCAAAUUGCUUAGAUCCGAAAUACAAUUCCGUUAAUUAUCUGCAAUAAUUACAAUGAUGUAAUGUCGCGAUACGAUACCUAGUAACGUGAAAUCAUCAGUAAAAUGUAUAAACGUAGAUAGAAAAUAUAGAUUGUGCAUAUAUUUUAUGUUAUUUGUUAAGUCCGUAUCAGAUUACGAAUUGAAAAUUUAAGAUUAAAAAUUGGAAUUUGAUUAAUCGGAAUAAAAUUAAAAUUUUGUUGUCCCGAUUGAUCAAAUUUCAAUCUUAAAUUUUCAAUGCAUAGUUUGAUAUGAGCUUUAGCAAUUCGUGCGCCAAAAUUACAAAAAGAACGCACAAUAUCUCCGAAGUAUGUUUAUCUUUUUUUAAUUCUUUUUUUUAAAUUUUAGCGCAACACUUUUGUUUGAUACACGCACAAUCUCUAUUUCCUACGUCUGAUGAGAAAGGACAAAUUUAUAUCCAUGCGUUCAAAUACAAUGUCCGUUCGACGUGUUUUUUAAGAUAUUCUUCAAUUUAUAUAAUAUAUGAAAGAGGUAAGCAAAAUUACUAUUAAUGUUAUGCUUUUUUAUACAAUGCAAUAAUAUCAACGAAAUAUUUCUGCGACAAGGUAGGCUGCUGAGAAAUGUAUGCGAUGCGCACUCUAAGAAUUUUAAUGCAAAUCGAUGUUAUUCUGUAUUGUGCCAAAACGAUUUUAAUUAAAAAAAUGACGAUUAUUAUUAUUACUAUUAAAAGAA